AUGGCGAGUUCUGACGAUGAAAAAGAUUUGGUAGUAGUUGUAACAGCAGCCACAACAACACUAAUUGCUGUUUAUUACCAAUAUUUUUUGGAGAAAACAAUAUGCCAUGAUUCAAUUCUUAGUGGUGCAGCUCAUGUAGAUGAAGUCUUAAAUGGUCAUGAUGCACGAUGUCAGGAUAGUUUUCGUAUGGAAAAACAUGUUUUCUUAAGAUUAUGUGAUAUGUUGAAAGAAAAGGAGUUACUUCGUCAUAGUAAUGGAGUUCGUGUUGAAGAAAAAGUAGCAAUUUUUAUGCUUGCUGUUGGACAUAAUGAACGUAACAGGAUACUUCAAGAGCGUUUUCAGCAUUCAGGUGAGACAAUUAGUAGACAUUUUAAUGCAGUCUUGGAUGCUAUUGUUGCAUUGGCAGAUGAUUUUCUUGUACCAACAGGGCCUGAUACCCCCACUGAAAUCUUAGAAAACCCAAGAUUUUAUCCAUACUUCAAGGAUUGUAUAGGAGUCAUUGAUGGAACACAAAUACCAGCAAUGGUUGGUCUCGACGAACAAGUCCCUUUUUGGUGCAGAAAAGGGUUCAUUUCGCAAAAUGUUUUAGUAGCUUGUUCCUUUGACUUACAGUUUCAUUCAGUGGUCUUCCGAGACCCACUUAAUCUCAUCUGUGAAUCCAUUUCAUUGAUACUCACGGGUGGCUCUCAGAAAAGAGCUAAUAACUCAUGGGUGGCUCUCAGUUCAGUGGUCUUCCAAAUGCACUGCAUUGCAAUAGCUGCCAUUCCUAUUCCUACUGUUGCAGGGAAAAUUGUACAAUGUAAAUUUUAUCUCGCUGAUGCAGGAUUCGCCAAUAUGUCGCAGUUUAUUACUCCAUAUCGUGGUGUCCGUUAUCACUUGAAGGAAUUUGGUGGAAAUCGUCCAAAAUAUGCAAAGGAAUUAUUCAAUCUCCGACAUGCAUCGUUACGGAAUGCAAUUGAACGUGCUAUCGGUAUACUUAAAAGACGCUUCACUAUUUUGCAACUGCAGCCUCAAUAUCCAUUCGAAUCACAAGUGAAAAUUGUACUUGCAUGUUGCAUCCUUCAUAACCACAUCCGAAGAGAGUGCAUUAAUGACUUGAUUUUCGAUGAUGAGAACUUACAAAACCUACUAGAAACCGAUCCAAGAAUGCAACAAGACAGUGAAUGCCCUACACUUGGGAGAAAUAGACAACGAGAAGUAGCUUCAGAACUUCGAAUUUCAAUCGCAGAUGCAAUGUGGAAUGAUUAUCAGUGUCGCCGCCGCGGCUAA